AUGGCCUCGACACUAUCCACCGUGACACUCCGUUCACCCUCUUAUCCUCCAUCCUCAUCUAUCGCGUAUCCUACGCACCCCUCAGUCACUUUCCCUAAACAAACCCUACAUUUUGCUAUCCAAACCCCUAAACUUCUCCACCGUCGCGCCACCCUUCUCCGCCCUCUCGCUGCUGUCGAGGCCCCUGAGAAAAUUGUCCAACUCGGCGACGAAAUCUCCAACCUAACCCUCGCAGACGCCCAGAAGCUCGUGGAGUACCUCCAAGACAAGCUCGGCGUCUCCGCCGCGUCAUUCGCUCCCGUCGCUGCCGUCGCCGCCGCCCCUGGAGCAGCCGAGGGUCCCGCCGUCGUGGAGGAGAAGACGGAGUUCGAUGUAGUCAUCGAGGAAGUGCCGAGCAAUUCGCGUAUAUCGACGAUCAAAGCGGUUAGGGCUUUGACGAGUUUGGCUUUGAAAGAGGCUAAAGAAUUGAUCGAAGGAUUGCCGAAGAAAUUUAAGGAAGGAGUGUCGAAGGAUGAGGCAGAGGAGGUGAAGAAACAGCUCGAAGAAGCUGGAGCGAAAAUCGCCAUUGUUUAG